UGCACCUAUAUAUUAAAGCUCAAAAAAGAAGUAGAAUGUCCCUGUGGCUGUCAACAAAUCUUUCACUGCCGCAGUAGUACUUCUUCCUCCGGUUAACAUAAUUAGCUGGGUGGCGUUUUUUUUUUCUUUGACGAGGUGACGCGUUUUUCGGCUGUCCGCCCGGAUUGAAAAAAAUUUGUGAGCCAGCCAUAAGAUUUUUUUUUCCUUCUCUCUCACUCUACAUUCGAAAUGAAGUACUUGGCCGCUUACCUUUUGCUCGUCGCCGGUGGCAACGCUGCCCCUACCGCUGAAGACAUCAAAUCCGUUCUCGGUUCCGUUGGUGUUGAGGUCGAAGCCGACCGUGUUAGCUCUUUGAUCAAGGCUCUUGAGGGCAAGACUGUCCAGGAGGUCAUUGAGGAAGGCAAGGAGAAGCUUGCUUCCGUCCCCACUGGUGGUGCUGCUGCUGCUGGUGGUGCCGCCGCCGGUGGUGCUGGUGCCGCUGAGGAGGCUGCUGAAGAGGCCAAGGAAGAAGAAAAGGAAGAAUCCGAUGAGGAUAUGGGCUUCGGUCUCUUUGACUAAAAAUUUUGCUUGUCAACAACCAAAACGUCAUUACAUCCCGUCCUCGUGUCAUGUAACAAUAAAAAAGCACAUUUUUCUUCUCUCAUUACACACACACACACACAAUCACAAAUGAAAGGAAACGCACGUACACUGGCUAUCUGGUGUGUCUGUGAUACAGAUACCAUCCGAAUUUCGAUCGUUUCCCGACUAGGCAAGGAUCAUCAAUGAGGAGUCAUGGGUCGUGUUUGGCAGACAAGAGGUCUUUCGAAUACUUCCCCCCAAAAGGCGGGCUUGUUACUUCUUGUCAUCCCGGUCCCUGAGCUCUGUGUUAUGAUGAAACCAGUCUUGGGGGUGGUUGGGGUUGAUGUUUCCGCUUUAACUGAGAUGAAAACGAAGAAAAAGAGAGACCUGGGAUGUCAAUAAUUGGGAACGAUCGACAUAUCAAAAAAGUCAAUGAUCGGCAACUAGGUUAAACGUG